GUAAUAGCCUCAAUUGAUACAAACGAACGUAAAGGAUUAUGUCAUUACCGGAGAGAUAUUCUUGCAAGCUCCUGGUGCUUCUGUACCUGAGUGCAUGCAUCAUAGCGGUUGCUAAGGCAGGAACGAAUGAAACAUCAACGACCACAACGACCGCCAAACCUGAAGCUUCCUUGCCAGAAGCAGAAUCUUCUCUUGUUGAGACUUCAGUCAAUUUGGAAGGACAAGAGACUAGAACAAAAUCUGCAAGCCAUGGGUACUCAGAGAGCGGCAAAAGCUAUCUACCUCAGGAAAGCAUCUAUCAUAGCUAUCCUCAUGAAGAGCAAGUAUAUGAAUAUGGUAAAAGAAUAGCUGGCCCAUAUAAAGGAAAUAUCGAUAGUAUAUAUCACGCUCAACAAGAGCAGGCCCAUUAUCCACAAUCUGAGUACAUAGAUUCUCAUCGCCAUUACGAGCAACAACAACUUGAUGAUUAUGGCCAUUCAUCUGGCAAAGGAAUUGGAUAUCAACAGGUGAAAAUUCAUGAUGACUCGUAUGGAAAAGAACACCUCGAUGAUUAUGGCCAUUCAAGUGGAAAAGGAACUCCAUACCAGCAAGUAAAAGUCCAAGCUGACUCCUACGGAAAGGAUGACUAUGGUCAUUCAGAUGGCAAAGGAAUUGCCUACUCACAGGUAAAAAUUCAAGGAGAUUCUUACGGAAAAAAAUUUGAUGACUAUGGCCAUUCAAUUGACAAAGGAACUCCGUAUCCACAUGGAAAGAGUCAAGAUGAUUCUUAUGGAAAAGAACAUGUGGACGACUAUGGUCAUUCCAGUGGAAAGGGAAUUUCAUACCAACAUGCAAAGAUCCAAGAUGAUUCUUAUGGAAAAGAGCAUUUAGAUGACUAUGGACAUUCAAGCGGAAAAGGAACUCCAUACCAACAAGAACAUUUGGAUGACUAUGGCCAUUCAAGUGGAAAAGGCUCUCAAUAUCAACAAGAACAUUUAGAUGACUAUGGCCAUUCAAGCGGAAAAGGAACUCCAUACCAACAAGAACAUUUAGAUGACUAUGGACAUUCAAGCGGAAAAGGAACUCCAUACCAACAAGAACAUUUAGAUGCCUAUGGCCAUUCAAGCGGAAAAGGAACUCCGUACCAACAGGUAAAGAUCCAAGCUGAUUCAUAUGGAAAGGAAGAUUAUGGUAAGCACGGAAAAUCAUACAGCAACCACAAGUCCGUCGAUGAUACCAAAGCGCCUUAUUUAAAAUAUUCUUAUGAAGUACCAAAGAAACAAUACGUAUCUGGUGAUCACUAUGACGUUAAAGAUUAUGGCGGAUCAGUAGGCUAUGGUUCUGAAGAUAAUGGUUAUCAUGGAAAGAGUCACGAUGAAGGUGCUUAUGGUAAAGGAGGAUCCAAAGGAUACAGCAAUCAUGAAUCAAAAUCUAAUGACUACAGUUCUGGAGGACAUGAUUACUCAUCAGGUGGAAAGGUCAGUCACUUCCCUGUGAUUCCAAAAGAAUCCGGUUACGUUGCAGGGGGCCAUAAUGAACCAGAAUAUCUGCACCAAUCUCCUAAAGGGUCUGUAUAUCAGCAUGAAGCAGGAUACCAUUCCGAAUCGGGAUCAUCCGUUGGAAUUCCCCAUUCUGAAAUCAAGCAAGAAAAGGUGGCCGUUUUCAUAAAGCAAAUCGGUCAUUCGAAAGAUGGCCAUGAAUACGGAAAGAAGCAUGGAGAAAGACAUGGUUAUCUUUUGCUCCCUGUAGUACCUGGAAAAGCUGAUGACAAAAUCAAAAUCGAAACAACAGGUGGUUAUGGCGGACUUGAUUACAAGAGUAUUGCUCAAGAUUAUGUACAAAAACCAAUUUCUGAAAAUGAUGGAAAAUAUAGUUACUCAUCUUAUUUCAAAACCGGUGCAGCCGCCUAUGGCACUAGUUCCGGUAAAUCUGCCUAUGAUGGAAACUCUAAAUCAGCAUACGGAGGACAUCCCAAAUCUACUAUAAUUCCUCACGGAGGUCAUGCAAAAUCAGAAGUUUUCUCUUAUGGAGGGGAUUCAAAAUCACAUUACGAUGAAAAAGAAAACUACAACCAUGGUGGACACAGCUAUGAACCUCAGUAUGAAAAAGAGAGUUCCUACGGACAUGCCCCCGUUGCUCAAUAUCAUAAAGAACCUCUGAUCUACGAAGGCGGAAAGUCUUCUUCAGCUCAUGUCAGUGAUUAUGGAAUCAAUGGUAACGCUAAAUACAUCAACGCUCAAGAAUACGGUCAUCAGAAAUCUUAUGGUAAAGGCGGCGAAACUUCCUAUGAAGCUGCAAUUCCACACAAAGGUGCGUCAUACGGCAAGGAAGGGCCAUCAAUUGAUGUACACAGUUAUUCUUCAGGGCAUCCAUCCUCUAAGGGAUCCUAUGAUGGUAUCACAGUUGUUAAAUCAUCUUCAGCAGGUUAUGGAAAGCGACACAACAGUGGGCCAGUGAAAGGAAAAGGAUACAGCCAGGGGCAUGGCUACGAAAACCAGAAGAGUUACGGAGCUGAAGUUGUUUCUCCUUAUGUUGCAUCUUCGGGAGAAAAGUAUUCUCAGCAAGGCAAAGGAUUUCCAGCCGUAAGUUAUGGAUCCUUUACUCCAAUAAUCAACCCAUACGGUAGUGUGGUUGACUUUUCUCGAAGUGCGAGCAAAAAGAGUGUCUCCAGUAAGAGUCAUGGCAGUGGGUACAAAAGUGCUGGACUACAAGACGGCUAUGGACAUUCCAAGCAAAGUUCAUCUUACAGAAGACCUAAAUCUUUUGCUGUCAUUUUACAGAGGGCUCAUGGUGGACACAGUGACAGUUACGGAUCUCCUUCAUAUUCUGCAAACAUCAAGGGUGGCAGCAAAAGUUUGUCCCACGGCUACAGUGAACAAGGAUUUAAACCUAUUAUACCAAAGCAUGGUGGCAUUUCCGAAUAUUAUAACCUUCAUUCCUAUGGCAGUUCCCCAAGAUACUCGGCCAUACCUCAUCCCAAAAGUUCCAGUAGGAAAAACUAAGAAUGAUGCAUGUUUAUAGAGCUUAUUUUGCUAUUCUCAUAAAAUGAGAAGCCUGAAUGAUCAAAAUAUCCCAAUAUAUUUUUAAACAAAAAAAAAUUUACAAAAAGGUUGAAAUUUUUAAAAUGCAUUUUAAUUAGAUUAAAAUGAUCGUUCUACAGUUUUUAUUUUUUGACGUAACAAGUUCUGAAUUCGGAGGCAAUUAAAGUUCCUACAGCCAAACAUUUUUUAAAACGAAUAGCAAAUAAUAUUUAAUAAUCGCGUUUCAAUAAUUCAAAAAAAUCUUUUAUUAAAUUUUGAUAUUUGUAAAGUUUUUUUUUGAAAAAAAAACCUUUUUGCUGUUUCAAGUUAUACCCUUUUAUUAAAAUGUUAAUGAAACAAACAAUAAUAUUUUUGUAAUUAACAUUCUUAAGUUUUCACUUGUAAAUGUAUACUAAAAACACACUUUGGGUGUAUGAAUUGAAUGCUAAAGUGUACAGUAUAAAAAAAUUCAAAAGUUAUUUUUCAUAAAUCUAUUCGAUUCUAUCUAUAUAUGAAAUAAUUUAGAAAUAUUUCUUACUAAUAUUAACGUUUGAUUCAGAAAAUGUUCCUUUACAUACUAAAAUUACUCAAAAAAUCUUAAUUCUUUCCCUUUAAAAUAUCGGAUAAUAUCUUUCAAAAAAUUAAAAUAAUAUUUAAUUGAAUAAUGUAGAUAUGCUCUUUUCAUAGAAAAUAUAGAAAGGAUGAAAUUUUUUAUCUAAUAUUGUUGAACAAUAAAAUUUUAAAAUCCCCAGGUAUAACUUGAAUUUAAGCUAUUUUAUUUGGGAAAUAUUAAAUUAAUUUGAAUAAUUACAAAUGUUAAUAAUUUGUAAAUGAAAGGUAACUAAUUCUAAAUUAGUUCUUUCUUUUUUUUGUAAAGAUUUACAUGUUUUAAUGCUUAGAAAUAUUUGUACAUAGCUGCUUGUUUAACUAUUAAAAGCAUUACUUUUUCUCUACUGAACUAGUCUAGUAUUGCAACAUGUAAAUGAAAUUUGUAAAUAGUUUGUACUGUCUUAUUGUUGUGCUGUAUAAAAUAAAUGUUUUUGCAUAGAA